GGUUGUGACGAGAAAGAGGAGAGGCGACGUUGUACGCUUUGCGCAUGCGCGAGGUUAGGGCAACGUCAUCACUUCGAGUUAGUUAUACGUGUAUUUUCGGGAGCGUUUGUCACAGUAGCUGUUGCCGGAAAGUCGUGUGCGUUCGAGUGUCGGAAAAGAUCCUUAAACGCCAAACCCUAGUGAUGGAUCAGAUAAUGCAGUUUGUAGAGCCUGGAAGGCAGUUUGUGAAGGACUCCAUCAGACUGGUGAAGAGGUGCACAAAACCUGAUAGAAAAGAGUUUCAGAAGAUUGCAAUGGCCACAGCGAUUGGUUUCGCAAUCAUGGGCUUCAUCGGAUUCUUCGUCAAGCUCAUCCACAUUCCCAUCAACAACAUCAUUGUUGGUGGUUAAGCUGCACAUGGGGAUGACUGAACUGCUGGACCUUGUUGAUUAAUUUUUUUUUUCCCAUUGUAUGUAUUUAAAUGAAAGUAUUACAAUUUCUUUCUUUUUUUUGCCAGAAUGUGUCACACACUCACUACAACCUGUACUUGCAUUCCCUGUAUUGUAUUAAAAACUCUUUUUACAUA